AUGAUAUUCUCUCCUUUACUCAAGUCGUCCGCGAAUUCGACCCCUAGCCUGGACGGGCAGAUGGUUGCUACUCUCCUCUCCUCUAAGAUCAUCAUACGAUCGUCGGAGCUGUCUGGACCUGUGUCGACGUUCAUCUGGUCUCCCUCAUCGUCGAAAGUUCUCCUUGCCACCGCUAGCCACAUUCAUGUGCUUGAUACUGCCAACUCAGGGUUCCGUGCUGCAUGUGGUCUGCGGAUGGGAGAUGGCUCAUCACCUGGGAGUCGCCAUCUCAGGGCCAUAAAUUACUGUUCUACACGCCGGACGGUCAUCUUUUCAGAUCGAUACACUCCAGAUAUGGCAAGAACAGCUCAGUCGUCAGGCUUCGUCAACACGUAUUUCUCGUACCUUUCUGAAGGUCAAUCAGCCCAUAUCCCCGCCAGCUCCAGUGGCUACCGGGAGCUCGGGUUCCGUUGA